AUGAGUCGGGACUAUGAUUAUGAUAGAGAAAUCGAAGAAUACUCGACUGCAGUUGCAGCAGCCGCUUAUGCCGAAACAUCAAAGCAAAGCUCACAAGACCAUGACAAGAAGAAGAUGGAUGUAAAGAAAACAAGUCCUUAUACAGAUGAAAGUAGCAUCAAAUCAUCAAUGAAUUCGGAAUUUGAGAAACUCGGAAGGCCUCAAACUUCGGUAGACGAGCAUUUAAAUACAAAUGACGGCGAGAAAAUUCCCGAGACUCCACUUUCCAAAACCGAACGUACGCCAAUAUUUGAGACAUCAGCAAGGCAAAGUAAGACGAGGCAGCUUGGACCUAAUGAAUCCAUGGCUAAUGCUUGGGAAAAAGAAGAGAUGGCAAGCAUAAAAGAG